AUGACUUCAAAGAAGCAAGUGAGCCCAUGGCAGUCGAUAGUGGCAGGUGGUGCGGCCGGCGGGUUUGAAAGUCUUCUCACGUAUCCAACAGAGUACCUCAAGACCAGCCAACAACUACAGACCAAAAAGACCAACCCGCUGCACCUGCUGCUCAGCACCAUCCGCCAGCAUGGCCUCGGCCACCUCUACACCGGCAGCAUGGCCUUCUGCGUCUCGAACGCCUCCAAGUCCGGCGUGCGAUUCUUCGCCUUCGACACCGCGCGCAAGUAUAUGCCCGUCGACGCGCAAGGCAAGGUGACCUCUCUCGGCAAUCUCGGCGCUGGCAUGAUCGCUGGAGUUGCCGAGAGUGUCGCCGUCGUCACGCCGGGCGAGACUCUCAAGACCAAGAUCAUCGACGACCGCGCUGGAGCGAAGCAAUACCGAUCGGCCAUCCAUGCCAUCCGCUCCAUCGCGGCGACCGAGGGCGUCGCGGGGCUCUAUCGCGGCGUCGUCCCCGUCACGAUGAAGCAGUCGGCGAACGCGAUGGUACGGUUCACUAGCUACAAUUUCCUGCUAGGCCAGUUCCGCGCCUGGCAGCUGCCCUCGUCCCUGAGCACGGCAGGGGCGGGGGCGUUGGCCGGCGUGGUGACGGUGUACAUGACGAUGCCGUUCGAUGCGAUCAAGACGCGCUUGCAGGCGAUUGGGGGGUUGGAACGGUACAAGGGGACGCUCGACUGCGUGCAGUCGGUCAUCCGUCAGGAGGGCAUCACCUCGCUGUGGCGGGGGACGACGCCUCGUCUGGCUCGGUUGAGUGUAGUACAGUACAUCUCUUCACCUAACCCUGCCUCACGCAGUCGUUUUGACUCUGAAUAA